AUGAGUUUAGGUCAAACCAUCAAGCAUGGCAUCGGGCGCCUCACAGCCAGUGCUGAUACCCAAGUGACGAGACUCACCAAAGUCAGCCACAAGGCUCCGACUCGACUCUUGCCCAUUCGAAAGACCAGCAUUGAAAAGGCGGGAGCCGCCGUGUGUGCCUUGAGUAAUUAUGGGGGUGGCAUGUUGCAAGGAGAUGCGUCUGAUUUAUUUAUCAAUGUCGAGAAACAAGCAAGAUUGGGAGUGACCACACAAGGAGUUAGUCGAAUUUAUUCGCAACGAUUGUCCAACGAAUGUCAAGCCAAUUUGCAGGCCACCGUCGACAAGGAUGCGCUGUUGGUGUAUGCUCCCGAUCCCUGUUCUCUCUUUGCGGCAUCUUCCUUUUCGCAAAAACAAGACUUUUCCAUUCACCCGGAUUCCUCCGUGGUCCUAGUGGAUUGGUUUUCGUCCGGUCGAUACCGAAACGGGGAGCACUGGGCCUUUGACAAGCUGUCGUCUCGUACCUCUUUGAAAUGGUUGGGAGAAGAAUCCUCCCCGCCAUUCUUGCAAGAUUCUGUCACCAUGGAUCUUCGCAUCAAGCAGACCAAUCCAUCUGAAAAGGACCCAUUGGGAGUUUACAACUUUCAUACCUUUGCCUCGUUGAUUCUCUAUGGCAAAGAGACGGAAGAAAUCAAGAAGCAGUGUGAAAUGCUCCAAGAUAGUUUUGCUUCCGAAACGACACGAAUUCGAGCACGAGACUCGGUACAACUGUUGGAGAAGGACUUGAGGCUAUCAGGUCAAGUCUGCAUGGGAUUGAGCAAGGUCGAAUUGCCCGGCAAGGAACAUGAUGCCCACGUCAUUCGGUUGGCCGCCACGACCAAUGAAGAUUUGUAUCGAGUCUUUCAUCAUUGUCUCUUGCCAUUACACGAAAAAUUUGGAAUGGAAUUCUACAAGGACCGCAUCAGCGCCAAUCAGUCGCAAAUCGACAAGAUGCAAAAGACGGAUCAAGGUUCGGGAGCCUCUGUUCGACCGACCAAGUACGCAGUCCGAGACGAUCCAACAGAAGGCAAUUCCUUAUUUGACGAAUCCAUGGAGAAUGUGGGGAACGGGUACUGGUCAGCCUUUAUGCUUGCAGAUUCCAGCAUGCCCACGGGGAGUUUUGCUCAUUCAUCUGGAUUGGAAGCUGCUGAACAACUUGGUUUCGUCAAGGACGAAGACGAUUUGCAAACCUUUGUUCAAGCUGCAACUCGGUCCACCAUGCAAGUCAUGACUCCAUUUCUAAUCACUGGACACAGACUGGCUUUGGAAGAUAUUGUGGACCAUGAAGUGUAUGCCGCCAAAUGGAAGGAAUUGGAUCAACAAAUGCAGGCUGUCUUGAAUUCAAAUGCUCCUGCUUGUGCGGCAUCCUUGGAUCAAGGAAAAUCCUUGUUGCGAGUCGCCAAACAUUGGAUUGGUCAAGGCAACAACAGUACCAUUCUGAGCCUGAAGACCUUGGGUGGUGGGCAGUGCCAUCAUAUUGCACCGAUCAUGGGAUCACUUGGUGCUCAUUUGGGUAUCUCUGAAGUUCAAGUCUGCCGUUUGUUUGGAUACUGUGUGGCAAGAGACAUUGUCUCGGCAGCCGUCAGAUUGUCCUUGGUGGGUCCCUUGGCCAGUGUUCCACUCUUGCAUCGAGUUCAAGGAGCAGCCGAAGAUGGUUAUCGGGCUAGUUUGUUGGCCAUGGCUCAGAGUGUUGACGGCCAAAAUCCAUUGGUGUCCGCGGCAGGAAGUUCACCCAUCGUCGAUGCGAUUCAUCCGUCCCAUGACGUUUUGCAAGUCCGAUUGUUUCGAUCAUAG